AUGUUCUUCCGAAAAGCUGCCCCCGCCAACUCUGCCGUUGAUUCCAACACCCUCUCGACCAACCAGAUUAACGGAUCACCUUCAACCCGAGCAGACAGCUUUUCAGUUACCUACGACCGAUGCCUUGGCAUUUCGCUCAUUGGAGCCGAGCAAGUCUAUCGUGUGCAAAGUACACUCAACUCAAGCACCCAAACCAGUACCCCAUCGGUAGUCUCGACUUGCAAUACCGAAAAGAGUGUGAUCAUCGACAUUGCCCCUACUCCUAAGCGAAGCAACACUCUAAAAUGGGGUCGAUCAAAGGCCAACCCGAUCAACAAUGUAUAA